AUGAGCACUCAGGAUGGAUGGACAACGUCGUCGACUGUUACGUCAGACUUGCUGAAGUGGCCUUAUGGGGAGAUAAAGAGCGAUGCCAAGCUCCUGACACGGCCGUCGAGGCACGUUACAAACCAAAGGACCAGCAAUUAUGACCAAACCCUUUCGCCUGUCGAGCAGACUAUUAAACGGACCAUGAGUCCACUCGUUCGGACGACGAGACCAACGCGGCACUCUCAGCAAUCUCAACAACCUUUGCAACCACCCGAACACACCCAGAAACGGCCACAACCGCGACAGUCUUUAGCACAAAACUUACGGCCACCUCAGCAGCUUCAACCGCAUUCACGACCGCAGCCUCGACGGCAGUCUUCUACACUUGCACGGUCACCCCAAGGAAACUUGACGACCAUUCGUCAUCCCUCAGGGCGUUUUCGUCCACAGGGACUUUCUAAAACAGAAAUGGCUAACCACUAUGACAACAACUUUGAGCAUUGGUUAGGACCGCCAUUACCGCCAUUACCGACCUUUGAACGUUGCCCCGAUGGUGUUCAGGAAAGUCGACACUUACGUCGACAGUCGCAGCAAAUUUCGGGACAGCGUGUUCGACAGUCGCGGCAGAUUUCGAAACAUAUUGUUGGUCGCGCUCUACACCCAUCUGACACCGUUCCCAGUAAGCAAGCAUAUAGUCCACCAGCGCAGCAAAUUCCACGAUCAUCGCAACAGAUUCCAGCAGGCUUUCCUCCUCUCCAGCGACACCAAAGCAACAAAUCUGCGAGUAGCGACAGCAACAGUAGCAGCGAGUCGUACAUUGAGCUAUCGCCGACUCGUCGUCGCGAGAUUAUCAUACGUGUAAAUGAAUUUGUGCAGUGCGUAAUGGCGUCGAUGCUAUCGGAAAAUGCCAGCAACGUACAGUGGAAGCCUAAGUUCCAAAAGAAAGAUAUCUCGUACUAUGUGGAUGAGACCAGUGUCAAGCCUGGACAAACACGAUUUUGCUGUGUGAGCCGCACCCACGCCACGGUGGAUGAAAUUAUGAAGCUGUUUGUCGUGUCUGACGCUGACUCAAUGGCUCGGACCAAACGAAUACUAUCAGACAGCCUACUGGAGACUCAAGUUUUGUCUGUGCUGCGUCGGCCAACUAAAGAGCGACAAAUGAACUCCAUGUACGUGCAAUACACGUCCUUUCGAAGCCCAGGGUUAACGGCAGCCCGAGAGGUAUGCAUUGCCGUCGCCACGGAUAUGAUCCACCAAUCUGAUGGAUCAACCAUCGGCUAUUGUCUGUGGGAAACUGUUGACGGUCCAGAGUUUGAGAAGGCUACCAACAAGUUUGAGCCUAGCAUCAUGUUUCGUUCGGGCUAUUUCUUUCGACGAUCACGACAGUCGACAACUGGUUAUCCAAAUGAAAGCUACACGAAGAUUGUGUACAUGGUUGGUUUAGAGCAUGGUGGUUUUUCACCAGGGCUUACCACCAAAAUGUUAAUGGAGAAGUCCGGCACGACCGUCACCCGCCUUUGUUCGCAUUUUCGUCGCAAGCAGCUGGACUCGCGCACGUUCGUGAUGAAGACGGAGUGGGCAUCUAAGAUGUCUGCGAAGAGCUGCAAACAGUGUGAGAGGCAGCUCCAAGUGCUCUCGAGCCGCGUUAAUUGCCACUCGUGCGGUCACGUGAUGUGCAGAUCCUGUGUUUCCAAGGAGCUGGUAGAGCUGCAUGCUAUCGGUCUUGUCCCCAUGUACAUCUGCUUCUCUUGCCUCGAGAAAGCCAAACUUCCUACUCGCACAAUGUUGCAAAAGACACAAACAAGCUUAGGGAGAAGACGUCUGCAGUCCGACACCACAAGCAUUGUUGGAGUCACAACGCGGCAGGCAUUGUCGAAACCACAGUCGUAUCGCCAGACUAGGUCCGUUGUGGACAGCAAGUUGGUCGAAGAAGAAGAUGAUGAAGACUCGGACACUGGGGAGUGGGCAUUCACGCCUUCGGGCAUACCAGUUCGACCGUAUCGAAUGGCAUCGUGA